CUCGUCUCGUAGGACCGCACCACCGCACACGGGCGACGGGGCUUUCCUUCCUUCUUCUUCACGCGCCAUCCUCCCUCCUCCCUGCGCGAAAUCCGUAGCCACAUUCUCUCUCUCCUCGAGAGGAGGAACCGCCGUCCCGGCGAGCGAGAGAGGGCCAUGGCGGAGGAAGAAGCUCCGGAGGUUGAGCUCAGCGGCAAGCAGAAGAAGGAGAUCGCCAAGUGGUUCCUCCUCAAUUCCCCCGGCGGCGAAAUCCAAUACGUCGCCAAAGAUGUGAGAUCGGUGCUGGGCGACGAUGGGGCGUACGACGAGGCGGCGUCGGAGGCGUUCCCUGCUUACAACAAGGCUCAGAUGAUUUGCCUCGACAUGCCCCGGAGGAUGGGAGAGGUUCUGAUCACGUCAUUUGGUCAGCUUGAGGAGAAUCAGUACCUUGAUCCACGUACUGCACAAGUUGGGAUUGUCGACCACGUCAAGCAAGUUUGUACAGAGGUGAGACCUGCAACUGAUGAGGAGCUUCCAUCUCCAUAUAUUGAGGAAUUUAGAUGUGCUCUGGAUGCAGAAGUGCUGAAAUAUGUUGGGGAGGCUUAUCCAAAAGGUGUCUGUUCAGUUUACUGUACAAAGGGUAAAGAUUUGGAGGGACCAGGAUCUGAUUUCGAACUUGCAGUAGUUAUUCAAGCUGCUAGAAAUAGCCCACAAAAUUUCUGCAAUGGAAGUUGGCGCUCAGUCUGGAACAUCGAGUUUAAGGAUGAUGUGCAAAUUCUUGAGAUAAGCAGCAAAUUGCAGGUGGGUGCUCAUUAUUUUGAAGAGGGAAAUGUGCAGUUAGAUGCAAAGCAUGAAUGCAAAGAUUCAACUUUAUUUCAGUCCCCUGAAGAUUGUGCUAUUUCAAUAGCUAGUAUAAUUCGUCAUCACGAGACAGAGUAUUUGGGUUCUCUUGAGGCAUCAUAUACCAAUUUGCCGGACAACACCUUUAAGGAUCUACGGAGAAAGCUUCCAGUUACUCGCACCCUUUUCCCAUGGCAUAACACACUGCAGUUCAGUCUUACAAGAGAUAUCUCCAAAGAACUUGGAAUUGAAAAGUGAAAUUACAGUAAGAUGAGCCAAGAUCCAUUUUGUUUGAGGUUCAAGGUAGAGAUUACUUAUUCAUCUGCUAGAAUUGAAGGCAUUGAGUAUGUAUGUUUACACAAGAAACUUUUUGAAUCUCGUGUAUCUUUGGGUGCCCCCAA